AUGCUUUCCACUGAGAAUCGUUUCUCGGUGUUAGACCAGGACACCUCCAUAGCAUCAAUGGACUUCGCUUUUCACCCACAGUUUGUUAGUUCACCAUUUGAUCUAAAGUCGGCUUCGAGGAGAUUUUCAUCUACCGCACCCAGUAACCAUGAACCUACGAGCGAAAUGGACAUCGACCAACCCACGUUCAACACUCCUACAAAUUGGCGAACCAUGAUCCUCAAUUGUGAGGGGAUCAAAAGCAAAACGGCAAAUUUUGUUGCUGCGGUGGACUAUGUUCAACCUGACGUGAUUUUGGGCUGCGAGUCGAAACUUGAUAGCUCGAUUCAAUCUGCAGAAAAAUUCCCCACAGGAUAUACGGUCUUCCGCAAAGACCGCACCCUCCAUGGUGGAGGUGUGUUUAUUGCAAUCAAAGCUUGCUACGCGGACUAUUGCGAAGAGCUGAAGGUGGCUGAUACCGAUGCCGAAAUCAUCUGGGUAAAAGUCACCAUGCAGAACGCUAAAUCCCUGGUGAUGGGUAGUUUUUACCGCCCACCGGAUGAAAAUGCUGAGAAGCUAGAACAGCUCGAUCUUUCCCUCCAAAACCUUCCGCCUCGUUGCCACGACAAAACCAUCCACCUGGGUGGCGAUUUCAACGCAAGCGGCAUCGACUGGGAUCUCAAUUCCGUCGCCCAAGUCCCACAGUUCAGGAAGGCAGAUUGGCCGACGAUCAGAGAAGCAGUAACCCAGUUACAGUCCGACAUUCUGGACCAUGAUAAAUUUGAGCAGAACUCCGUAAACGAAAACUGGGAACUCUUUAAGCUUGGGCUACUAGACAUCACAAAGCGUCUCAUCCCUCAUUCUACUGCCAGGAAGCCGAACAGUUUACCCUGGUUUGACAAUCACAUCAGGAAAGCUGUACUCAAGAAACAACGUCUCUUCUACCUCGCCAAGAGAAAACCCUCGGACAAGUCCCGUGCGUGUUACAAGGCUCAGAAGUUUCAAUCAGCCUUCACCAAGGAGGAUACAGAGAACGUUCCGUCACCACGUGGUGAGACAUACCCAGCUAUGUUAGACCUGGUGAUAAGCGUCCACGGAGUCGAGUUGUUACUUCAACGUCUAAAUCCGUCGAAGGCCAGUGGCCCAGACUACAUUGCUAAUAGGCUACUCAAGGAAGCAGCACAUGAGAUUGCCCCAAUACUCACUGCAAUAUUCCAACAAUCCUAUGAUCGGGGUGAACUACCAGCAGAUUGGAAGGAAGCCAGGGUUACCCCAGUAUUCAAGAAAGGUGACCGGAAUGCCAGUGAGAAUUACCGACCAGUAUCAUUAACCUGUGUGUCGUGCAAACUUAUGGAGCACGUCGUAAGCCGCCAUAUCAUGGACCACCUUGAUCGCUAUGAGAUCCUCUCACCCUACCAGCAUGGCUUCCGUAAGCUUCACUCAUGCGCUUCUCAGCUCCUGAUGACCACCCACGACUUCUUGAGUUCCUUUGAUCGUAAGGUUCAGGUGGAUGUUGCAGUAUUAGACUUUAGUAAAGCUUUUGACACCGUACCCCACCUGCGACUCAUGAAGAAAUUACAUCAGUAUGGCAUCAGGGACACAAGCUUAACAUGGAUCAAGGAGUUUCUCAGCGACCGGACCCAACAAGUCGUCAUUGAUGGAGUCUCAUCGGAAAAGGUGAAGGUGGAGUCUGGGGUACCUCAAGGCACUGUCUUGGGCCCUCUACUCUUCUUACUCCACAUUAAUGACCUUCCUGACGCCGUCGUAUCCCAAGUGAGGCUAUUCGCCGACGACUGCCUGAUCUACAAAGAGAUCCGAUCGAUCGCUGACCAGAUAGAGCUCCAGCGGGACCUGGAACGCCUUCACGACUGGGCAUCAACUUGGGGCAUGCGAUUCAAUACAAAGAAGUGUAACAUAAUCCGAAUCCAUCGACGAGCUGGUACCCCAUUGUCCUUCUUCUACGAGCUGGAUAAGCACAUCUUAGAGGAAGUGACCACCACCAAGUACCUCGGCCUGAACUUCUCUUCCAACCUAAAAUGGGACGACCACAUCAGUGCGAUUUGCGCAAAGGCCAACAGCACACUCGGUUUUCUACGCCGCAACUUGAAAUUUGCUCCAAAAACACUCAAAGAGGUUGCAUACAAGUCAUUAGUUCGCUCAAAAUUGGAAUUUGCAUCUAUUGUUUGGGAUCCGUUCCUGGUCAAAAACAUUGAUAAUUUGGAAAAAGUACAGAGAAGGGCAGCCAGGUUCGUAUGUAGAGACUACCGGCGUGACAGUAGCGUUACUGAAAUGCUAGGAACUCUGAAUUGGCCUUCUCUUGCUCAGCGGCGGAGCGAUCAUCGCAUAGCAUUCAUGAAGAAGAUAAUGUCUUCUUCAGUGGCGGUACCAGCAGAUCAGUAUACCAAACCUGGACCCCAGCGAACACGCAGUAAGAACAGUCAGAAACUUCAAACAGUGCGAGUCAACACCGAAGAGUUUCGCCAUUCCUUCUUCCCGAGAACUAUUCAACAGUGGAACCAGCGUACUGAGGCCGAGAUAGACCUUAUCUGUUUCACUGCCGCUGACGACAACAUCUAA